AGUGAACGAUUGCUAACCUGGUCUCCGAGACGCGCUGUAACUUUCAGUGUGUUGGUGUAAAGUACGUUAUUGAAAUGUUUCAAACACUUCCAUCUUUGUAUCCAACAUAAUGCUUUUUGUAUACGAUAUCUACGUGUCAACGUAUUUAAACUGAUUUCAAUUAAUUCAAAUGAUUAAACAUUUUGUUAACUUACUGAGUAAUGUUCUGAAAAAGACAACAUGAUUUCGAUAAGUGGUGUAGUAUAAUAUCUGGAUUUUUUUCAAUAAAAAUGUUUUUUUUACAAUUUUUUUAAACGAUUGACCAAAUAGUUGUUAUUAAAAUAAUGAGAAACACCGAAGUUCUGUAUAGAAUCGAGGGCAGCCAAAAAGUUAAGCGCACGAUAAUUAUUUGCCUUCUUCUGGUGUUGGUAAUUUUAUUUUCAGUCGACUACCGUCUGAGUUAUUUGUGGAAAGUUAAGGCGCCAGUGAUGUUAUUCGGUGGUGGUCAUGUUUCCGACGACGACACCAACACGACGAAGCAAAAUAGUGACCACUGGUUCGCUUCAAGGGUGACCAGCGUAAAUGGAACCAAGCUCAUCGAGCAAAGGAGUAUUUCGGAUGAAAUAAACUCGAUCGCCGAUAAACAUCAUGUUGUGGACGUGAACUGUGCGUUAAUGUUUGAAGAUAACAAACAAGCCAUGAGUGAAGCUGCGGCCCUGAAGGCGAAAACUAAAGAAAUUUUGAGCGACGAUUCCUACAUCUCCGCCGCUGAAGACUGCGUGUCGUAUCGCGCCACCAGAGGGUACGUCACGAACUCUCUAACACAGGAAGAAGAACGCUUCCCCAUUGCGUACUCGAUGGUCGUUUACAAGGAUUCGGAGAUGGUGGAGAGGCUACUGAGGUCCAUCUACAGACCGCAGAACUCUUACUGCAUUCACGUCGACAUGAAGGCGUCUGAGAGCUUUCUUAAAGCCAUGUCGGCGAUCGUCCGAUGUUUCGGUAACGUGUUUCUGAGUUCCAAACGGGUGAGCGUGAAGUGGGGCACGUUCUCCGUGCUCGAACCAGAGCUGGUGUGCAUGAAUGAACUGUGGCGUUACAAAAAGUGGAAGUAUUUCAUCAACCUCACCGGGCAGGAGUUUCCGCUGAAGACCAAUUUUGAGCUGGUCAGGAUACUGAAGGCUUACAACGGAGCCAAUAACAUCGAAGGCACGAUACUCCAGUAGGUAAAUUAACACAUUACAGCAAGCUAUUAUCGAUUUAUUUUAACAAUUUUAUUAAAAAUUUUGUAAUGUUUAUAAAUGUUACUUUUAUAGAAAUGUAGGUGUGUCACAUUCAGUUUCUAGAUGUAACUUUUAUAGAAAUGUAGGCGUUUCCGACUCAGUAUAGUUGCCUAUCAACGUUAGCUAAUAAUGUACUGUCUUUCCUAAAUGCCAGCAUUGUGAUGACUUGCCAGCACCACAAUCGCCAUCAACUCCAUAAACUACUCUCUCUCUCUCUCUUGGCUAAGAGGCAGCACGUUCUAUUGAACACUCCACAGUACUUUAUUGUAUAUGCUAAAUACAUCACAUGACUCCAUGACAUUAGAACGAUGUUAGAGCAAUUACAGUGACAAUAUGAAGAAUCUAUAGCUAUGCACGCACACCACUUUGUUUAGUCAUCAAAACAGUAAAUCCAUCAGAAAAAGUCCAACUUGUCAACCUGCUACAACAAAGUUAUUCCUCCGUUCACUACCGCUUAACUUUAAAAAAAACAAACAAAUGGAAUUCCCCCUACGCUAUAAAAAUUAGUCCAUUUUCCUCGUGGUUUCUGUUCUUUUUCUUCAAAUUACUACACCGUUGUGCCGUGAGUAUAAAUAUUAGUGUCGUGCGAAAUAUCCGUCUUCUAUACAUCAUUAACAUCGCCUUUUAAAAUCAGGGUUUCUUUCAGCUACAUCUCCGGGGGGGGGGGGGCACUUGUGUGACUACCCCCCCCCCCCCCCCCCCAAAAAUAUGUCCAACCAUAAACCAACUGGCACUGCCCUCCCCCCUCCCAAAAAAAAAAGAGUCUCAAGUGCCGCCGAUGCCAUAUUUAUGAAAGAAACACUGGUUACAAUAAUAAUAUUAUUUACUCAAACACGCAAUUUCUAAAAAGGGAAAAUCGAUUAAUUCUUACAGUAUUUAUAUAUUUCAAUUAAAUAAUUAUUUUUGUAAAUCAUAAAGAAAUGGGCUUUAUAAAAACAAAUUUAUGGACAUAGGGACGAAGUGAGAAGCGAAACCAUUGCUAGGGCAUGGUGUUGAGAAGUUAAUAAAGGUAAUGAGACGAUGGAAUGGUAAAAAAAAAACAUAGAAAUGUUUCGCUUUUAACACAAAAACAUAUUUCUGUAAAAAAAAAAUUACAUUUCAAUAAUGUAGAACAGGCCUGCACAACAUACGGCCCGCGGGCCACAUGCGGCCCGCAAGCAACCACUUUGCGGCCCGCGAAGUGAUGAAAUAUUAUUUAUCAUUAUUAUUCUCUUAAUAGCUCCCUCCCCCCCCCCUUUUCCCUACUGUCCCAUUUUGUUUCGGCCCGCACAAUUUUUUUGCAAGGUAGUACUGUCCGCCUUAAAUGUUGAUUUGCGCAGUCCUAAUGUAGAAGAAAUUAUAUGGAAAAAUAGAAGAAAAAUAAAUCUCUAGCAUUUAACAAAAAAAAUGAUUAACAUGAAAUCACCGACCAGCUCAACUAAGGCAAAUAUAUCUGUCUGCUUACAAUAAUAUUCACAAAUUAUUCACACGACUUUCCGUACUGAUGCCACUUUCUGUAAGUCUCAAACAUCUUUUUUUUUUUUUUUUUAAAUGUUCACUUGUGGUUUACACAUAUUAUUUUUUUGUUUCGGUCUGCUCGGAAAGAAGAUCGAGGUGUUAUUUGUAUUUUCUUGAAAUGUUCACAGCAUAAGUCUCAAACAUCUUUUUUUUUUUUUUUUAAAUGUUCACUUGUGGUUUACACAUAUUAUUUUUUUGUUUCGGUCUGCUCGGAAAGAAGAUCGAGGUGUUAUUUGUAUUUUCUUGAAAUGUUCACAGCGCCAACGAGGGGCGCUGGAAAAACACGACUCCACCGUUCGGUCUACGUCCAGUUAAAGGUUCAGUUCAUAUCACGGCCAGCAGGUAAAUGUUCACUUCACGACCAGCCUGUAACAUUUUUGAUGUGUUGCCAAUUUGUUAUAAUAUUAUGUUCACCUUUUUAGCAGCUGUAUAAAACAUAUAUAGUUCAUAAAUUUCGUGGAUUGGGUGUCGUAUUGUAUGGUGUGUCGUAUUGUAGGGUGUGUCUAAUUGUAUGAUGUGUCGUAUUGAAUGAUGUGUCGUAUUGUAUGGUGUAUCGUAUUGUAGGGUGUGUCUAAGUGUAUGAUGUGUCGUAUGGUAUUUUGUCUAAUUGUAUGAUGUGUCGUAUUGUAUUGUGUGACGAGAAUAAUUUCAAAUCCUAGCGUUCCAUGUAUUAUUUUUCUUAUUUUGUUUUUUAUUAUGUUUGCUUAUUCGUCCAGAAAUUUUGUAGAUUUCAUUCUUCACAAUGCAACGUCCCAAGGUUUGCUCGAAUGGGUUGAGAGGGUUGACAUACCGGAUGAAGCGUUCUUCUCUACUCUGAACUACAACCCACAGCUUGGGAUCAAAGGAACGUUCAAAGGUAGGGACGUUGUUUAAAGUUCAAAGAUUCAAAUACAUUUUUAAUUUUUUUUGUUCUUCAAUUGAAGUUCAAGCAAAUGAAUCUGAUCGUGAUGGAUUGCUUGUGGACUACGGAGGAUAUUAAUGAUACAGAAUUGGUUUGGACAGCCAAAAACAUGAAUAAUAAAAGACCAGAGUUGACUGAUAGUAAAAUUACUGGAAACAAAACUGUAAAAUUGAUAAUGUGUAUACACUUUUGACUUAUUUUUGCAGUGUUUUUUUUUUUUUUCAUUUUAACAUCAACAUGAAAAAAUAAUAAUAAAUUUAAAAAAAAAUAAUAACAAAUUUUGCACACAAAUAUUUUAAAGGCAUAUUCAUGUAGUAUGCUUCUCUUAUAAUUGUCUAAAGAUUGCAAUGAUAGUAUCUUUCCCUAUAAUUGUCUAGAUAAUACAAUAAUAUUAUGGUUCCAUAUAAUAGGCUUAACAUUACAAUACUAGUAUUGUUACCGUGCUUCUACAAGUGUUCCUUUUUGAAAAACGGCCAGGCAACCCUGAUGACAACAGACAUUUCUUGACCCGCUAUAAAAUCUGGGAAGGAAAUGCCAACUGCGCUGGAAAAUUUGUGAGAGAAGUCUGUAUUCUCACAAUAGGUAAUUUAUUUGUGUUUUUUUUUUUUUUUUAAUUUUUUGACGGGUUGGGGAAGGGGGGGGGGGGCUGAUACAUACAUAGUGUAAUUUAAAAAUAUAAAACUAUCCCCUCCUCCUGCCAGUCCCAAAGGGAAAUAAUAAAUCUCAACACAUUGUUAAAAAUGCUUCUUAGCUGUGCAAGUCUAAGCCUGGUCUAUAAGACGACGUCGCGUUAAUGAUUAUUUUAUUGUUCUUUUUUUUUUUUUUUUUUUUUUUUUUUUUUUUUUUUUUUUUUUUUUUUUUUUUUUUUUUUUUUUUUUUUUUUUUUUUUUUUGUGUCUGUUUAAAUUUGAUCUUUUAAAAGUGAAUUCGGGGUUGAAAUUAAGUCUUGAAAUUAAGUCUUGAAAUUAAUUCAAAUUAGCUAACAGAAAUUGUUUAAUUGUAUUUAUUUUUAAUACAAUAUAUUAUGAAUCAAUUACUAUGUAAAUUUAUACAUUACUUUAAAAAUGAACUCAAAUGAAACAGAAAUAUUAGUUGUUGUUUUUUUUUUUUUUUUAAUUUUUUAUUUUUAUCACUGACCACACACACAAAAAAAAAAAAAAAAAAAAAAAAAAAUCCAUUACGUGCAUCACUGACAACACACACAAAAAAAAAAAAAAAAAAAAAAAAAAAAAAAAAUUUUUUUUAUUUUAUAAAAAAAAAAAAAAAAAAAAAAUUAAAAAUUAAAAAAUAAAAAAAAAAAAUAAAAAAAAAAAAAAAAAAAAAAAAAAAAACCAACAAUUGUUUUUAUUUAUUGAUUCAUGUUUGGAAUGGACAUUUUUAAAUUUAAAAUUAAUAAUAAAGUCGCAAAACACAAUUACCACAAGACAUGUGUACCCGAAUUCAACGGAAAAUAUUUGAUUAAAAUUAAAUAGAUUACAUUAAAUUUAAUUUGUAAUAUUUAACUUUUUUUUUUUUGCAGGUGACCUACCUCGGCUAUCCCAGGCAAAGGAACUUUUUGCGAACAAAUUUUUCAUAAAGGAAGAUCGCCUGGUCAUCAGCUGCCUUGAGGAAAAAUUGUUGAACACCACGAGAGAUGAAUACCUGGGCAAUACACACUUCAAUGACACGCUCUACAGAAAUCUGGACUUUGUUUUGAAUCAAGUGGCUUAGAUGGGGUCGUUUUUUUUUCCCAUUUAAAGAAAAAGGAAACCUGAUUUUUUACAAGGACCGAAAAUCGCUCCUAGGCAUGCAGAUUGGGCAGGCCAAACGAUUUUUUCAUGACACACGGAAUACAAAAAUUAAUAAAUUUUAAAAAAUUAAACGAUUCACACGAAUUAUUCUUAUAAUGUUGACUUGUAGGCUGUUGACAUGCCGAGUGAAGUAGAUCUCCUAUUUAUGCAGAUUUUUAAACAAAAAAUUCACCGACCCUUUAAGACUUAAAUAAGUCAUUGAAAUAGAUUUGCAGGUGCACUCUGGGACACUUCUCGUUCAUCUUAAAUUAUACUUAACUCCAUUGAAAAGAAGAAAAAAAAAAGAGGUUGUAAUUUAAAAAAAAAAUAUCUAAGAAAGACAACCACAGAAGUUUGGUAAAAUGUCUCCUUGAACCUGUACAAAAACUUAAGAUAUGAAUUUCCAUUAAGACUAGUGGUAACACAUGCUAUCAUUUUCAACCGAUUGAUUAUGGAUUAAGCCACAUGUUAAAUAUAUUUUUGGGGUGUGGGGGAAGAAAAGAAAUACAUGGAAGGG